AUGUGCCUAUUGGGUGUCCUUUUUCCGUUCCUCCGACCCAUUUACCCCGCUUUGCCGUGGCUAGUCGGGUCCGGGGUUUCUGCUUCGGACGUCGAGGCGGCGCUUGGGGCCGCGGGGCCUGCCACAGAGCAGCUGCCGACCACGUCGGUUUACCGGCAGCCCUCGCCGGCGCAGAUGUGCCUGCGCCGCUCCGUGCGCUGGGCCAAGGCUGUCGCGCUGAGCCCGAAGCGGCCGAGCUGGUCUCGCCUGGAGGCCAUCGGAACGCUGCAAAGGCUCGCCACUCCGCCGCGCAGCGUGCCACAAGCGGAGGACGCGUUGUAUUCCUUGCUCCUGGCCACCACCGAGCAGAAGGAAGGGGAGCUGCAGGGCAGUGCAGAGGAGGCGCUCCGGGCCUGCUGGGAGGACAGUGGCGAUGCCAAGGUCAACACAGAGAUGGCUCGUGGAAUUGAGCUGCUGGACGACCAGAAGGCAGAUGAGGCGGUCGAAGCCUUCACGCGCGUGACAGAGAUGGCACCCAACUUUGCUGAGGGCUGGCACAAGCGCUCGAUCGGGCACUAUGCAAAGCAGGACCAUCCAUCCGUCUUGGGGUUCCCGUGGCCACUGAUAGGAGCGAGGACCGCUGUGGUGCAGGAGUCGGUUGCGGAGCUCCUGAAAGACCUCCAGCUCUUGCAGGCUAAGCUGGUUGCAGCCUACAACCUCGAGCGGGCGACUGCAGUCACAGUCCCCAGUCGUGACCCGGCCAGGUCUGACACUGGGCAGAGGUCCAUCACGUCAGUGUCGGAAGGUCUGAAUGGCCAAGACAGCGUGUCAAGCGUAGUGUUCUCAAGAUCUCAAGCUAGCCGCAGCCAGGAAAACUCGACAUUUCCGCAGAUCGAUCCAAACGAGGACCAAGCUACUUCUCCAGUUCAGCCAAAGCUGGUGUCGUUGGCAGAACGCAUGCCCUCGAAACUGAAACAGACGCCUUCUGGCAGCGUGACCUGCUCCGAGAGGGCAAGGGUGACCACUGCAGCCUCCAUGACAGACCCAAAGCAGCGGUGCAUCCUACAACCCACGUCCUGGUACCGACUGUGCUGGGAUACAUUGGCCUUGCUAACCUUGAUGCAGGACAUGGUUUUGACCCCGCUGCAGGCCUUCGAUGAGCAGCCACAGGCACAGAUUCUGCGGCGAGCCUUUACAGAUGCCUUCUGGCUGGUUGACAUUGGGAUGAGCUUCUGUACGGCAGUUCACGUGGAUGGUGUUCUCACCCAAGACCGGUUUGGCAUUGCGCGGGCCUACGCCAAGUCUUGGCUGCCCUUCGACUUGAUGGUCCUGGCUGCGGAGCUAAAGAAGAUCCUGGACACCGUCCCUGUGGCCAUGGCUAUGAGCAGAUCCUGGCAGCAUGCCAUCGACGUGGGGAAAUACCUGGCUGUGGCGACGUACAUGGGGCACCUCUUGGUGUGCCUCUGGUACUUUGUUGGGAGCGCGCCAGAUGGCUGGGUGGCUGAUGACGGACUGGGCAGCUCUGAUCUUGCCACGAAGUACAGUACAUCAAUGCAGGUGGCAUUGUCCAGGCUUCCUGCAUCCGCCAUGCGCUGGAACAUGGAGUUGCAGACAGAUGCCGAGCACGGACUGGCUAUUUGCGCAACAUUCAUGGCGUUGGGAUUGUCAUCUGCUUUUGUCAGCAAGAUGACGAACGUCAUGGCUGCCUGGCAGAAGAGCCGACAGCGGAGGAAGCAGGUGCUCCAAUCCGCGAGGGAGUACUGCGGCCGCGCACCGGGUCGACUUCUCCUACGCGCUGAGCAUGCGGAAAUACGUUGA